AUGACACAACCGCAGCAGCUGCAGGGCUCCCUCGUCUGGUCGCCGCCGGCCGGCGAGUCCAACUCGAUGGACGACUUCCGCGCCGUCGUCAACCAGCGCUACAACCUCGACCUGCAAGACUACCACCAACUAUGGCGAUGGAGCUGCGACCACCUCGACCAGUUCUGGAGCGCCGUCUGGGAUCACACGGGCAUCGUCGCCUCGCAGCGCGCCGACAGGGCCAUCGACGACGAUGCGCCCAUCUACCCUCCGCCAAAGUGGUUCCCCGGCGCCAGGCUCAACUUUGCAGAGAACCUGCUGCGCUUCCGCCACUCGCAGCGCGUCGCCGUCGUCCAGUCGACCGAGGUCGACACGGUCACGGGCAAGCUCGACGAGCGCUCCAUCACCUACGCCCAGCUCAACACGGCCGUCGCACGCGCCGCCCGCGCGCUGCGGGCCCGCGGCGUCGCGGUCAAUGACUGCGUCGCCUCGUACUCGGCCAACAACAUCGAGAACCUCGUCGCCUUUCUCGCCGCUAGCUCCAUUGGCGCCGUGUGGACCAGCGCUGCCGCCGACUUCGGGCCAGAGGGGGUCCUCGAGCGGCUGCGCACCGUCCGGCCCAAGGUCAUUUUCAGCGUCAACGCCGUGCGCUACAACGGCAAGGUCCACGACCACGUCGCCAAGCUGCGCGCCGUCGUCGAGGGGCUCGAAGAGGGCCGCUCGCCGGACGAGCAGCGCCUCGAGGGCGUCAUCGUGGUGCCGUACGUUGCCGACGCGGCGCUCCCCGAGGCCGCCGAGGGCUGGGCCACCUGGGACGCCUUCCUGGCCGAGGGCGAGGGCGACGACUCGAUCGCGUUUGAGCAGCUCGAUUUCAACCACCCGCUCUGGAUCCUCUUUUCCUCGGGCACGACGGGCAAGCCCAAGGCCAUCACCCACCGCGCUGGCGGGAUGCUCAUCCAGCUCGCCAAGGAGCACCUCAUCCACGGCGGCCUGCGCGAGACCGACGUCUUUUUCCAGCACACGACGACCGGCUGGAUGAUGUGGAAUUUCCUGAUCGCCGGGCUCGUCUCGGGCUGCACCAUCGUCCUCUACGACGGGUCACCCCUGAAGCCCGCCAGCGUGCUGUGGGACCUGGCGGAAAAGCACGGCGUCACCACGUUUGGCACCUCGGCCGCCUACCUGGGCGCGCUGGAGAAGAGCGGUUACGUGCCCCGCGAGCACCACCAGCUCAAGGUCCGACAGAUCCUCUCGACGGGCUCCCCCCUCCGCGCCGAGCUCUACCCGUUCAUCCUGGAAAAGAUCGGCGCAGACAUCCUCAUCGGCUCCGUGACGGGCGGCACCGACCUGUGCUCGCUGUUUGCAGGCCACAACGUGGCGCUCCCGGUGCGGGCGGGCGAGAUUCAGGCGCGCAACCUCGGCCUCGACAUGGACGUGUUUGACGACGCGGGCGAGCCGGUGCCCGUCGGGCGCGAGGGCGACCUGGUCUGCAAGCGGCCCUUCCCAGCGCAGCCGCUCGGCUUCUGGAAGCAGCCCGAGUCCAAGUACUUUGACAGCUACUACGCCCAGUUCCCCGGCGUGUGGUACCACGGCGAUUUCGUUUCGCUCUCGGAGCACGGCGGCCUCGUCAUGCUCGGCCGGUCGGACGGCAUCCUCAACCCCGGCGGCAUCCGCUUUGGCUCGAGCGAGAUCUACGAGCUGCUGGAAGCGGCCGAAUCGCAGGACGUGACGUCGUGCAUCGCCGACUCGCUUGUCGUGGCGCUCAAGACGGCCAAGGGCGACGACGAGGUCGUGGUCCUCUUCCUCGUCCUCCAGCCCGGCUGCCCCGCCGACGCCUCGCCCGACGAGUUUGCCAAGCUCGUUAAGCAGCUCGUCGGCCUGAUCCGCGCCAAGCGGAGCGCGAGGCACUGUCCCAAGUUUGUGCGCAAGGUCACGGGCUGCCCCAAGACGUUGAACGGCAAGAGGAUCGAGGUGCCCGUAAAGAAACUCAUCAACGGUGCCCCACUCUCGACCAUCAACCUCGCAACGCUGGCCAACCCAGAGGUGCUGCCAGAGUACAUCGCAAUAGGCGAGGAGCUGCGCGAGGAGAUGAAGCGGCAUUGA